GGGUUUCCUUGACAACCACUCACAAGCGCCACAACACCACACAUGUCCUUACCAUCACACAUCAUGUGCGCGCGUAUAUAUAUGCAGCGCAUGUGCCGCGUCGACUCUUGAAAUCGGUAAUACGGCGCAUUUUAGGCUGUGAAUAAACAAUAGACUCGUAUCUCCUUCGUCGCGUGGUUUGGUCCCUCUUAACCACUUUUGUCCGAGACUCGGCGUGUGCGGCUCGAAUUGCCUCGAUAAGAAUCUCCAAUCAUGAGGCUCGAUCGGAACCUCGCCGUCCUAGGCACACUCUGGCUGCCAGGCGCCGCCGCGUGGGGAAGCUUGGGACACAUCACCGUGGCGUACAUCGCGACGGAUCUCGUCAACGACCGCACGUCGGCGUACUUCCAAGACCUGCUGCGCAACAGCACGGAGCACUACCUCGCCGGGGUGGCAACCUGGGCCGACAGCAUCCGGUACACUAAGUGGGGGCGCUUCUCGAAGGACUUCCACUUCAUCGACGCGAAGGACGACCCGCCGGCGUACUGCGGCGUCGACUUCGCGCGCGACUGCAAGGCCGAGGGGUGCAUCGUCAGCGCGAUCCAGAACUACACGACGCAGCUGCUGCUCGUGCCGCCGCCGGGCGCAGACGCCAACGCGGAGACGGCGGCCGAGGCCGGGAGCGUGCUGCCGGCGUGGCGGCGAGCGCAGGCGGCCAAGUUCGUCGUGCACUUCGUCGGCGACAUCCACCAGCCGCUGCACGUGGAGAACGUAGCGCAGGGCGGCAACGGCAUCCACGUGCGCUGGGAGUCGACCGAGCUCAACCUGCACCACGUCUGGGACUCGAGCAUCGCCGAGAAGCUGCUUGGCGGUGUCGGCCGCCGCCCCUACGAGGCCGCCCGCCGCUGGGCUGACGAUCUCACCGAGCAGAUCCGCGAAGGUAGGUACGCCGCGCCGAGCCGCCUCUGGACCAACGGCAUCAGCCUCGACGACCCCGUCGCCGCCGCCAUGAGCUGGGCCAACGAGUCGAACGCGCUCGUGUGCACCCACGUCUUCCCGGAAGGGCCGACAGCCAUCGCCGGUCAGGAGCUCUCGGGCGACUACUACGAGAAGGCGGCGCCCGUAAUCGAGCUGCAGGUCGCGAAGGCGGGCUACCGCCUAGCGGCGUGGCUCGAUCUCAUCGCGGACCGGGUGUCGUCCUCGGCGGGAGCGACGCAGGCGCCCGGUGAGCUGUGAGGUGCAGAUGGCCAAGUCGAUUUCUGCGAGUGGCCUUGCGAGCGCGCGCAGGCAUGUUGGGCGUGCGAGAGAGGGUGUUGGACGUACAAGCGAGCGGGUGGUAUUUCGCGUUGGUGCGCGAAGGAUGCGAUGAAUCGCCCAGCAUCGUGGUGCCCGGUGAAGGCUUUCGUCGCGCGGCCUCCUCCUGCUCGUCACGGGGCGGCGACGCUCGACGGAAAUAGAAACGAAACGAAACAAAUUAGGGGAACGAUCACAGGAAUUGCGACUCUUAUUGCUACGUAGAGAUCCAACUGCAACUCGUCCGCCGUCUGGCUCG